UUCCGUCAACAGCGAAGAAACCCCAGUCUUCCUCCUCUGAGCUUUCUCCCCCUCACUUACUUUUUUGGAAGCUGAACUUUUAAAGGAAAAUGGGGCAUUGAGAGGGUUGGCAGAUCUCCCCACGCUAUAAUGGCUACCGACACCUAUCUGGUAAACGACGACCCCACAAGAGGCCCAGGGAUGCCUGAAUGUUUCCUCGUGUCUGAUACCUACAGGGAUGAAUUCCACCCCUUCAUCGAGGCCCUUCUGCCCCAUGUCCGCGCGUUCGCCUACACCUGGUUCAACCUGCAGGCCCGCAAGCGCAAAUACUUCAAGAAGCACGAGAAGCGCAUGUCCAAGGAGGAAGAGCGCGCAGUGAAGGAUGAGCUACUUGGGGAGAAGCCAGAGAUUAAGCAGAAGUGGGCCUCCCGCCUACUGGCCAAGCUCCGCAAGGACAUCCGGCCUGAGUUCCGUGAGGACUUUGUACUCACCAUCACGGGCAAAAAGCCCCCCUGCUGCGUGCUGUCCAACCCCGACCAGAAGGGCAAGAUCCGUCGCAUCGAUUGCCUGCGCCAGGCUGACAAGGUGUGGCGGCUGGACCUGGUGAUGGUCAUCCUGUUCAAGGGCAGCCCCCUUGAGAGUACGGAUGGCGAGCGGCUGGUCAAGUCACCUCAGUGCACCAACCCUGGUCUAUGUGUUCAGCCACACCACAUCGGAGUGUCUGUCAAGGAGCUGGACCUUUACCUGGCCUACUUUGUCCACACGCCAGAAUCUGGACAAUCAGACAGCUCCAGCCAACAAGGAGACACAGACAUCAAACCGCCCCCCAAUGGACACCUGAGUUUUCAGGAUUGUUUUGUCACUUCGGGGGUGUGGAAUGUGGCAGAGCUUGUCAGAGUCUCACAAACUCCUGUAGCCACGGCAUCAGGCCCUAACUUUUCGCUGGCUGACCUGGACAGCAGUCCCAGCUACUACAACAUUAACCAGGUGGCUCUAGGGCGGCGCUCCCUCACCUCCCCUCCUUCCACCAGGUCUGAGGUGGAGUUGUACGCAAACCUUCCACGGAGCUCUACCAAGAGGAAGUCCUUGGAUGACAGUGAGCUGGAGAGCCCCACGGACGAUGUUUUCUAUCCCGGACGCUCACCUGCCGCCAGCUCUUCUCAGUCCAGUGCGUGGCCUAACGACAUGGAUGCAGUGCAGCACCAUUUGGCGAGUGUGCAGGAGAGGAAGAUAAAACAUGAAAACGAUGGCGUGCAGUUUCCUUACCAUGGACUGUCCUCGCCUGGUUCACUUAAGAAGCCGGGAAAGUUUGAUUUCAACGCCCUGACUUCCCAGACGAGGUCCCCCCGCAUGGCGUUCACACACCACCCGCUGCCUGUGCUAGCAGGAGUGAGACCAGGGAGUCCCCGAGCCUCGGCCUCUGCCCUGCACUUCCCCUCUUCAUCUAUCAUCCAGCAGUCCAGCCCGUACUUCACCCAUCCCACCAUACGCUACCACCACCAGGACCCGCUUAAGGAGUUUGUGCAGUUUGUGUGCACCGAUGGCACUGGACAGCCCAGUGCCCAGCCUAAUGGAGGUGGCCAGAGCAAAAUGCCGGGCUCCUUCCUGCUGCCCCCGCCACCCCCGGUGGCACGCCCUGUGCCCCUUCCCAUGCCCGACUCUAAAACCUUCAGCACGCCCACUGACGGCGGACUCAGCUCACCCGCAUCUCCGUCAUACUCCACGCCAGGCUCCACAGCUCCCACCCGGUUUGUCGGCAUCGGAACACGGGACAACUUUCUGAAUAUCCCCCAGCAGACUCAGUCCUGGUUCCUCUGACAAGGCCUCUGAAUCCACAGCUCACGUUGUGUCAUAAGAAAUUGGAAAGCUGAAAAACAAACACAUUCACCGUUGGUAAAGAACAAACUGCUGAAAAGGUCUUUCUCGCCAAACACUAUUGAAAGUACUACUACAGAACCCGAGAACUCCCACAGCGCCCCCAUGAGGACUCCCACUUCAGCACGUUUCACGCAGGAAUGCUUGUCCCCUUUCACCCAGGAGGCUUGAACCAGAUUGAGCGGACAGACUCGGAAGAAUACACAGGAGAGGAAGAGGAAGAUGAGGAACAAACUCUGAAAUGCCAGAACGGAAACACAACAUAGAAAACUGACAAACGACCAAUUCAACAUUUUUUUUCUUCUUUUAAAAUAUAUAUAUCUAUAUAUAUAUUUCUUGUUAUCUCCACAAUGAAACUCCAUGCAUUGGCUGAGAGAUCCACAAAAAAACAUAGUUCAUGGUGGAGUGGCAUGUGAUGUCGCCCAAACUUCAUAUCAGUGCAUUUCUCCAUCACACAUAGCACUCAUCGCCGUUCAGGCCCCUCCCCUCAGGGUGGAGACCUAUGUGUUGCCACGCUCUGCUGCUUGAUUCCCUCAGUCCUGAGCCUUUCUCCUUUUCCAAUUGGCCAAUCACAGUCACGCCAUCUGAUGGCGUGACACGUAUCUGCACUAAAGCGGCUGUUUUUUGUUUUUUUUUUCCUUUUUUUUAAUUAUUAUUAUGAUUAAUUGUUUACCUGUCAAAUGAUGCGGGUGUCCUGCAGUGGGAGAGGUGACAGCCAUGAGGCGAGUGAACACCAGACAGAAAGACAUAACACUAACUUUACACGUGCUCCUUCGUCCCCUCACCUAUGCACUAUUAAUUUUUUUAAUAAGGGAUGAAAAGUGUUGCACAUCGAUGAUCACAUGAGCGAUCGAAGAAGUGGCCGGCUGCCACUGCAGGGCUGAAGCUGUCCCCUGAAAUGCGCAGCACUACGCACACAGACGCAUGUUUGCAGACCUUCUCCAGAGCAACAACCCCUUUGUUUACUGACACAUAUUAUUCGCUUCAUAUCAUCAGCUUUAACUUCAGGCAUACUCUGGCUUUUUUUUUUUCUUUUUUUUUUUACCCCAAGUUUUUGGUUUGUCUUUCCUGGUUUGUUUUAAAUUGCAUUUUUUUUUUUAUCCCUCAGUUUUUCCUCAGCAGUUUUUGCAAAUCUCUCUUCCACGGGCAGCACCGUAUGGGAGCUCAUCACAUGCAAACCCAAACGCAUGCAUACAAUGCACACCGACGCCACCCACAACAAAAUUAGAAAGGGAAGCCUUUACAUUUGGUUCUCCACAUCGCCUUUGUUAAGGUUUUUGUCAUUUUAAUUUUUCUAUGUAAAUGUUCACAUUAAAAUUGUUGUUAUCAUGACAAGAUAUUUACCUCACAAAAUAACUGGACUGCCUGGCUGUUGGUUCUGUUUUGCAGGGAUAGUUAGCAGAGCUAAGGAUUUACUCUUAGCCUCUCUAGAAACAUUAGUUCUAUGUACUAAAAGCAUAUAUCUAAACUAUAACAGUAUAAGGAAGUGCCUCUAUUCCCCCUCCCACGUUUAAGCUAAAACUUUGGGGGGGAUGUUGGUGCAUGUGGAAACCAUUGGCUGGAUCUUUAUAGAGGACUGCAACUAUUUUUUUUUUUUUUGUAAAGACAGAGAGAUCCUAUAUAUUUAUGAUAUAUGCUCCUUUUAAACUUUUGCUACACACGCUUGCUGGCAGUCUAGUUAUUUUCUGAACUCUCACACCCCGACCCCCCCACAAGCCGCUUCAGUAAUACCACCAAUCAAAAGACACCAUCUGCAACACAGCAUUAUGACAUGUCAAAAAUCGACAGUAGAUUUGAAGAAGUGUUUUUUUUUUUGUUUUUUUUUUGAUGGAAAGUAUUAUUAUUGAAAAUAUGUGUCGAUUGAGCCACGUGCAAUGCAUUGGGUAGAUCAUUGUGUUUGUCUGUUAGAGAUUUUUAAGAAAGCUUAGAGAAAAGAGAAAAAAAAUGUACGGUAAUUGUUUUAAAGUCCGCACGCUCCAGGACUCUAAACUCGAGAGCCAUGAGAAAUCCUAGUCUUUGUAAGUUUGGGGGUAUUUGUUUUCACUUCCUUCUUCUCUUUUUUUUUUUUUUUUUACUGUUUUAUGUGUAAUCAUUUGUUAAUAAAUAUGCGGGAGGGCUGAAGGAAAAGAAAACCGACACAAAAAAGAAUCAUCAGAUGAAAACUGGUGCUUUAACGCGAUAAAAAAAAUCCAUUCAGACCGACGAGUGAAAACAAACCAUUUAGGAAAACAGCAUUAUUCCUCUAUCUCUCUAUUUGUAUUCUUCUCUUUGUAUCAAGUUCGGGGAGAGGUGGCAGUUUGUUCCGAUCUGCAUUCGAUCUCCUUCCUGAGAACUGCCGGGACACUCACCAGCAAAAGUCGACUCGAUAGGGUUGCCCCUUGCAGACGAUUCCUCCCCUGAAACCUCGUGUCUUAUCGUCCUCACCUGCUCCUCACGUUGGAGAAGCGCGAGACCUUCUGUACACAUCGAGGGGGCAAUCGUAGCUCAUAAUCAGGCAGAAAUAGACCUUUUUUUUUUUUUUUUAAAAGUAAAAGCUGAGCCUCUCCCCCCCUGUUCCACCCCCUCCUCUGUAAAUGAUUCUUCUAGUGCUCGUGCUGUAGUGUAUAGUUUCCCAGCAGUUAAAGGUUGUCCCCUUGAAAGUGCCUUUUGUUCACAGACUCCAUUUUUGUAAUCCAGGUCGCCCCUUUGUUUUCAAAAAUGGUUUGAGGUGGCAGGUUGUUCCCCAGUGCCCCCCUCCCGCAUGGAGGGGGGGGCAAGAGGUCAUUGCCAGUUCAGCGCUUCUGGACAACUUCUUCCUCCGGCGUUCAAAAUGAAUCCCCUCCCCUCUAUCCUAAAUUCAUUUUUCAAAGCUGUGUAUCUAUAUGUUUAUAUUAUAUAUAUAGAUAUGCACCUUUGUAAAGCUCAAAAAGAAACUGGUGUGAAUUAGUUCUUUACUUUUUAUGGAUAAAUGACAAAAAAAAAAAAAAAGCUUAAAAAAAGUUGUUCUUGUUCAGCUUUGGCUCUUUUUUCUUUUCCUUUGUCUCCACUGUCUGUUUUCUGGUAGACACUGGAGUAGUCUGUAACUGUGUGUCCGUCACUCUCCGUCUCUCGCGCGCCCUUCUCUGCUGUUGGGAGGGUGGGAAAAAAAUAAGAAAGAAAAAAAGAUAUUUCGGGAAACAAAAAAAAAAAAACAAAACAAAAAAAAACCUUUUUUGUCUGAGCAGAAUGCAGUUAGCUCACAUGUUAUUCUUGUCUGUAUGCUUCACAUUGUAUUACCAUAUCCAUCUACUUCAGCUUCUCCAUUCAGCAGCUAAUGUAAGUGAACAAAUUACACGGACGGGCUUUUGGGGGUGUCCUUGGGUGGAUUAGGAAGGGCCAACAGGGGUUCAAAGGGUUUGGGUGCACAAGGUUUACAUGGAGGAUCAACAGGGUCUGGAGGGCUGGGUGAGCUGCUUCGGGACGUUAGGAAAGGGCUGCUCAGACUAGAUUAAUUCUCUUUUGUUUUUAGCUAUUUAUAUUUUGGCUUUGUUUUAUCCCCCCCCCCCCUUUAUGUUUCCCUUUUUUUUUAAAUUUGGAAUAAAAAUUUGCAAUCAGGGUAUGCUGUCGUUGAGGCUCCCCUUUCGGGACGCCUUGGACUGUAAAAAUGAAAAGCUGCAAGCACCUUAUAAACCGGGCGCGUCCCGCAUGAGGCCCAAAGAGGAAGCUGCAUCACUCGGAUGAAAUCCCACAUCAAUUGAAACCGAUUUUUUCAAGUGAAGUAUUGUUCCAGGUGGGUUCCACAAAGUAGAACCCUCAGCAGUAUUAAAACAACACACCAACUACAUAGCUAAAAAAAAGGCACACGUGACCUCUGACCUCUCAGACUGAAGAGGAUUCAGGGGAAGUUCUGCCACUUUCCUCCUCUGACCUCCUCAUGCUGGACAGUCCUGUGUCUUUGUUGUUUAUUUUGUUUUUCUUAAAUGUGUAUGGUUAUUGGGAAAAAAAAAAAAGACAGCAACCCAGGCCCCCCCUCCUUGACUCCUUGGUCUUCUACGCCUCUGUCCGUGCUCUCAGUGCAGCACCACUUCAUUGUGAGAACACCCCCAGGGCUCCACGUGAAAUGCAUGUGUUAAUUACAGUUUCUUUUCCAUAAGAAGAAAAACAGUUUGAGAAGAGCAGCACCUGAUUGAAUAAAAAGGAUGUUCUUGACUGUA